UUAACACUUUAGAUGUCGGUUAUUAUGUUUUCUUUUCCCUUUGUGAUCUCUCACACAUUUUCCAGUACCGUCUCGUUAUUCUAGCCAGAAAGUCCUUUUGUAAUUACAUUCUGCAAAACCGUAUCCAUCCCGUCUCUCUCCUCACAAUGUCAACGUCACGAGUCUAUGAUCUCGUUGUUCUUGGCGCAUCUGGCUACACUGGAAAACUCACGGCGGAAUACAUCGCCAAAAAUUUCCCUACAGAUAUUCGUUGGGCGCUUGCAGGCCGUUCCGCCAAUAAGCUGGAGGAUGUUGCAGCAGAAUGCAAGUCUAUCGAUGCUGAUAGGAGUCAGCCAGGUAAGCAAACACUUACCUAUCCUAUCACAUCAAAAUCGACCAAACCAGACCAGAGAAGUGGUAGUAAAUACUCGGUGCUUCUUAACCUCCUCAUUCUUUGAACCUUUUCAAAUCACUCGAGAAAUCAGAUGACUUCAAUUGUCCUAGAACUGAACGAGUUUUGUGGUCAAUUGACAAUAUGAAAGUGAAACCCGCAAAUCAUUCUGGAAAGCUAGAAAAAUGUGGACGAUAUGGAGUACGGGGUCUUCACUACCACUUUUCUUGUUCUACCAUGCCACAGCACGUGUUCUGUAGUACUAUAGCUCUAUCAAAGCUUUCGAACGAGUACUGAAUUGAUAUGUGUUUUAUAGCAAUCGAGACAUGCUCUCUAGAUUCCUCCGAACUGAAUGCAUUGGCCAAAAAGACAACCAUUCUUCUCACAACCAUUGGCCCGUACAGCGUUCAUGGAGAACACGCUUUCAAGGCUUGUGCUGACAACGGGACUCAUUAUUUGGACAUCACGGGUGAGGUGGUUUGGCAUAAUGAGAUGAUCAAGAAAUACGAGAGAACAGCCAAGGCCAACGGCAGCAUCAUGAUUCCUCAGAUUGGUCUCGACAGUGCUCCAGCAGAUAUGGUUGUCUGGUCAAUUGUUGAGUUAAUCCGGGAGAAGUUCUCUGCGCCAACAGGAGAGGUCAUCCUCUCAGCUAAAUUCCCGUAUGCAUAUGUCGAGUAGCUCCACAUCUCAGGCUAUGCUAACAAAUAUGAAGUGCGGUACCUUCGGGGGGAACUUUGAGUUCCGUUUUUUCAAUCUUUGAUGUGUAUAGCUUCAAGGAACUUCAGGAUGCUGGUGCUCCUUAUGCCCUUUCCCCAAUUCCAGGUCCAGCCGUACGGGACCCAGUACCUCUGAAAACCAAACUAUUUGGCUUUCGAUCCGUUCGCGAUCUCGGUAUGCUAACGACGUAUUUCUUUGCGCGUGCCGACAUACCGCAAGUCCAUCGCAGCUGGGGAUUGCUUGGUGGACCAUCAGGCUAUGGGCCCAACUUUCAUUUCUCGGAAUAUGCCAAAAGUCAAAAUUAUCUCACAGCAAUUGCUUCGCACUUUACCCUUCUGUUUGGCUCCAUUCUAGUUGCAAUCCCUUUUGCUCGAACAAUCUUGAAGAAGACUGUUGUCCAGCCAGGAGAUGGACCAAGUAAGGAGGAGUCGAGGAAUCAUGUGGUUGAAUAUAAAGCGAUUGGGAACCCAGACGUGAAAAGUGAAAACCCAGCCAGAGCUUGGGUCAAGGCGACAUACGCCGGCUCGGGAUAUCAACGUGAGUACUGAUAUACCGUUAAGAAAUUCGUCACUAAUCAGCAUAGUCACUGCUGUAAUUGCUGCUUCAGCUACGCUGACACUUCUUCGCGACGAGCACAAACUUGAAGGAGGCAUUCACACACCAGCAACUCUCGGGCAAAAAUUCUUGGACCGGAUGGAGGAGGGAGGAUUUAAAUUUGAGAAAGGGAUUUAUGAGAACUGAUGCUGGGGUAUGACUAUUAGAGGCAAGUACUUGUAAAGGAGUACAUUUGGUAUUGAAAGACUAUGUAUAACACUUGACUAGAAGCCUCCUCGUUACAAUAUCAAAACGAGCGGUCAACCUGCGAAUCUGAUUUCCAUGUGGAAAUUGACCCGGCCGGUUAGCUCACCCCAAUAACGGGCGUAUUGACAUAUGAGAAGCGGUGAAAGACAGACGCAAUUCUUGACAUCAACUGGAUCACAGUGACAAAAAACAAAGCCUUUCACCGAGUCAACAGAAUAAUUUAGCGUUCUUCUCGGUAACAUUUUAUGCUUCGGAUUACAGUUGAUUACCUGACGAUUAUUUCCCACACUACACGGGAAAAUACGAGUAAAGAUCAUUAGGGGCACGGCAUGUCAUUCCAAGAUCCAGAAUUUUAGAAUUAGAACUGCUCGACUCAUAGCUGACACUAUUGAAAGAUGUCAGCGCAUAAUCCCAUUCGGGUAUGUGGUCAGAUUCCCGACGCCUUGGUUUUGACGGAUGGCUGAAAUUUGGAAUGCGUGAGAGGUUCUUUUCGUAGGGCUGCUCGUACCGGGGGCUUGAUCCCUUGGAAUUUUGAACGGUUGCAGAAGGGGGGGGAUUUUUUUUUUGAGAGAUCGUGC